AUGAAGUCCAUCCUCGUCGCCGGCCUCUUGGGCCAGCUGGCCGCCUCGUCUCCUUCCCCGGCCUCCCUGCCGGUCCAGAUCGAGACGCGGACCGCGCUCGACUCGCACCUGGCCAACAUCCACCUCUCCGUCAGGGACGGCGCCGCCCUGGCCGCCCGCUCGCCGCUGAGCUUCACGUACGGCUCUUGCGCCUCUAAGCGCGAGGCCGACGCGCACCACGUCAUCGCCCGCACCGCCGCCACCGUCGCCGCCGACGGGAGCAGGCUAGUGUGGCGCAUCCCGACGGAGGCGCAGGCCCGCGGCUGCAUCUCGGCCUGGGACACCGCCACGGGCGCGCUCGUGGGCCGCAGCGCGCCGCAGGAGAUGCACGCGGAGCGCAGCCGGCGCCGGCGCCGCAGCCUGCGGGCGCGGGACGGCAUCCACAUGAACGCGACCAACGGCAUCGACGCGCACGGCCCCUGGUUCGACGGCGUGGCGCUGCUCGAGGGCAAGAACCUGAGCGCCAUCGAUGUGGAGAAGGCAAAGGCCAAGAAGGUCGGCAUCGUCGGCGCCGGCAUGUCGGGGCUCAUGACGUACCUGGUCCUCAGCCAGGCCGGGUUCAAGAACCUGGAGAUCAUUGAGGCGUCCAAACGGCUCGGCGGGCGCGUCCACACGACGUACCUGAGCGGCGGGCCCUUUGACUACUCGUACCAGGAGAUGGGCCCGAUGCGGUUCCCCAAGACCAUCGAGCUGGAAGGGCAGACGCUCAACAUCACCGACCACCAGAUGGUCUUUGACCUGUCCGACGAGCUCAACAGGCUUAACCGCGGCAACGGCAAAAACCUCACCAUCGACUGGAUCCCCUGGUACCAGAGGGCCAACAACUCGCUGAUCUACAACGACGACAUCAAGCUGCCCAGCGGCAUCGCGCCCACGCAGGCCGAGAUCGACGCUGACCCGUCCCUGGAGAUCAGCAGGCCGUGGGAUCCGUCUACCAUCGCGGCCGCGGAGGCACGCAAUCCUAUCGUUGACAACUACGAGUUCAUGGCCAAGGCCGCCAGGAACAUGUUCCGGGCACACGCCGAAUUUGUCAAGAAUGGCGUUGGCUCCCUCCCGGGGCCCGGCGACCGCUGGAGCGAGUUCGCCUUCAUGGUCAACUACCUCGGCCUGAGCCUCAACGAUACCAGCAUCCUGGCAGGCGAGGGCUCCGAGAGCUUCUGGACCGACAUCUACGACGAGCUCUACUUCAACGCCGCGACCUGGUCCACCAUCGAUGGCGGCCUGAACCGGCUCCCGCUGGCCUUCGAGCCGCUCGUGGGUGGGGCCACGACCUUCGGGCGCAAGAUCGAGCGCGUGCGGCGCGACGCGGCCGCCAAGACGGUGACGCUGCAGUGGCGCGACAAGCCGACCGACACCGAGUUCAAGUCGUCGACGUACGACUUCGCCGUCGUCGGCGUGCCCUUCACCGUCGUCAAGCAGUGGCGCUUCAGCCCGCGCCUCGACGCCACCAUCACCAACGCCAUGCGCCAGAUGCCCUACGCCGACGCGUGUAAGGUGGCGCUCGAGUUCAGCGAGCGCUUCUGGGAGACGCGCCUGCCCAAGCCCAUCUACGGCGGCUGCUCGACCACGACCGACAUCCCCGGCAUCGGCACCAUCUGCUACCCGUCGUACAACAUCAACGGCACCGGCCCGGCGUCCAUCCUGGGCAGCUACAUCUUCGACAACCACUUUGGGAGCAGGUUCGGCGGGCUCAGCGAGGCCGAGCACGUGCAGUACGUCCUGGACGCCAUCCUCGAGAUCCACGGGCCCGCGGCCGCCGGCCUGUACACGGGCAAGCACGACAGGGUCUGCUGGGAGAUCGACCCCCUGCAGUCCGGGAGCUGGGCGAGCCCGACCGUGGGCCAGCACGAGCUGUUUAUCCCAGAGUACUUCAAGACGCACGACGGUGUCGUGUUCGUCGGCGAGCAUACUUCCUAUACUCAUGGCUGGAUUGCCUCGGCGAUCGAGAGCGCUCUGAGGGGCAGCGUGCAGCUGCUUCUGGAGCUUGGCCUGGUCGACGAGGCCAAGGCUGUCAUCGAGAAGUGGAUGGCUCGGUGGAUUGAGAUUUAA